UGAUUAAAAAAUAGUGUCAUUUAUUAUAUAAAAAAGAAUUACUUUAUUCUUUUAGAUUUGCUCUUUUAAAUGUUAAGUGAUCAAAUCUCAAUAUUUAUUUAAGCAGGAGCUGUUUAGUCAAAUUAUUUACCUAUUUUUACUUAGAAAUUUAUAUUUUCUUGAAGGUUCGUGGAGAUGACGAGUAAUAUUUGGUGUUAUAUCAAUUGAUCAAUCAAUCUUGAAAUCUAUGCUCAAUAUACUCUGUUGAUUUAAAGAUAUACGUGUACCCGUCAAUGGAGUAUUCUCUGCCAGCAUCCUACCUUAUCUUGAUACCACUCUUCUUACUCAUCCUCAAACAACUCAUACCAAAAUCUCUAAACCUUCCACCAGGGCCUCGACCAUGGCCAGUGCUAGGAAAUAUUCUCCAAAUUGGGAAAAAGCCUCAUAUUUCCAUGGCAAAGUUUGCCAAAAUACAUGGCCCAUUGAUUUCUGUCAGGCUUGGAACUCAACUAGUUGUGGUAGCUUCAUCCCCUGUUUCUGCAACCGAAGUUCUUAAGACUCAAGAUCGUCUGCUUUCAGCCAGGUCUGUGCCUAAAGUUGCUACGCAUGAACUCUCUAUUAUUGAUCAACACUCAAUUGUCUUUUCCAGUGAUUUAAGCAAUCACUGGAAGUUUUUACGCGCAUUUUGUCGAACUCAUUUAUUCUCAUCCAAAGCGGUUGAGUCACAGGUUGCUUUAAGGGAGAAAAAAGUGUCUGAAAUGAUAGAAUCUCUAAGGUCCAGGAAGGGGGAUACCGUGAAGAUAUCUGAAUUUCUGUUUGGUACAGUUUUGAACACGUUAGGGAACCUUUUCUUUUCGAAGGAUUUAUGUGAUUUGGAUUAUGAAGGGAAUACUAGUGGGAUCAAAGAUGUUAUUAGGAAAUUUGUAGAAUUGGGAGCUACGCCAAAUAUAUCAGACUUCUAUCCUAUAUUUGAUGCUCUGGAUAUUCAAGGUUUGAGAAAGCAGACUAAAAUAUAUGAGAAUCAAUUGAUCAACAUCUGGAGUGAUUUUGUCAAGGAAAAAAAGCAGGCAAUUAAUCGUGGGAGUUCCAGUAAAAUUCAAGAUUUUUUGGAUGUCAUGAUUGAUAGUGGAUUCUCGGAUUUAAAGAUCAAUAUGUUAUUGGCGGAAUUAAUUGCUGCAGGUAGUGACACCACUACCUCAACAGUUGAAUGGGCCAUGGCAGAACUGCUAAGGAACAAGGACGCUAUGGACAAACUUCAAGCUGAGCUCAUAAGUAAGAUAGGGGCCAAUGAUAUUAUCACAGAAUCAAGCAUCAGUGAACUUCCAUAUUUGGCUGCUUGUGUCAAGGAGACAUUGCGAAUCCAUCCGCCUACACCUUUCUUGAUUCCUCGUCGUGCUCCUGAGACGUGUAGGAUUAUGAAUUACACCAUCCCAAAGAACUCUAGGUUGCUUGUGAAUGUUUGGGCGAUAGGGCGCGACUCUAAAACAUGGGAAGAUCCAUUAUCUUUCAGGCCCGAGCGCUUUCUUGACUCCAAUGUGGACUUCAGGGGUCAAGACUUUGAAUUCAUACCAUUUGGUGCAGGGAGGAGAAUAUGCCCUGGCUUACCCUUUGCUGGACAAAUAGUUCACUUGAUUUUAGCUAGUUUGGCCCAUUACUUUGAGUGGUCACUUCCCAACGGUGAGGAUCCAAUGCAGCUAAAUAUGGAAGAAAAGUUUGGUGUUACUCUACAGAAAGAAAAGCCUCUACUAGUUGUCCCUAUAUAACUAGUGUAUCUUUUUUUUUCACUCAACAUGUAUCUUAAAUUAAAAAUGAAAACUAGUUACCUCAAAUUGGUCUUUGCUUACUGCCUUUA